AUGUUAAUGGGUCAAAACUGGACAGAUCCACUUGAGUCAUUACUGUUGUCCUUUCCUUUCCACAGGAACCUGAUGCCGCGGACUCUAGAGGGCCAGAUCACGAUGGAGAAAACCCCGAGUUACUUUGUGACCAAGGAGGCCCCCAAACGUAUUUACAACAUGUCCAGGGACACCAAGCUGAUUGUGGUGGUGAGGAACCCAGUCACCAGGGCCAUCUCGGACUACACACAGACACUGUCCAAAAACCCCACCAUCCCCAGCUUCCAGGCGCUGGCCUUCAAGAACAUCAGUACAGGCCUCAUCGACACCACCUGGAGUGCGGUGCGGAUUGGCAUCUACGCCAAGCACCUGGACAAUUGGCUACAGUACUUCCCCCUUUCAAAAUUCCUCUUUGUCAGCGGGGAAAGACUCGUGAGUGACCCGGCUGGGGAGAUGGGCCGAGUGCAAGACUUCUUGGGUCUCAAGAGAGUCGUGACAGACAAACACUUCUAUUUCAAUGAGACCAAGGGCUUCCCUUGCCUGAAGAAGCCGGAAGGAAGCAGCCGGCCCCGCUGUCUGGGGAAGUCCAAAGGGCGGCCUCAUCCAAAAAUCCACGGGCAGGUGAUCCAGCGCCUGCAGGAGUUUUAUAGACCUUUCAACAUGAAGUUCUAUCAGAUGACUGGGCAGGACUUUGGGUGGGACUGAGAUCUCACCAGGCCAUUGGCUUUCUAAGCCACAGUGGGGAGAGGGCAACUAGUCCCCUUAGCAGACCUACACGGCCCUUUGCACAUUGUGUACCAAGCUGCCCAGAGACUCUAGCAUAGGUGUGUCCAAGGCAAACUUUUGGAAGACACUUCCCAUGUUCUAAUUUAUAAUGGACCUGUUCCUGGAGAGAAAUGUACACUUUCUGAGUAUAGAGAAAUAUUUAAGAAAGAAAAACAAACAAACAAACAAACAAAACCCUCAACCCCAGAUCAGAUUAAAUAUUCUUCCAUAUGAAUUUCGCUAAUCUAUAUUAACCAGAAUGGUUUUCAGAUGGUGUGUGUGUUUGUGUGUGUGCAUGUGUGCGUGCAGUGACAAAGGUACUAAGAUUCACAGUAAAGUUUUGCAAAUCAGAGUUGGCCUCCUAAUGCUGUCCUUUCUCUGACCAUACUGAGAGCUCUGUAAUAUUCGCAAUCAGCCAUCCUGACCCUUUUAAUUAGCAGGGAGAGGGCCCCAGACAUCAGUGCUGUGUUUAGCUCUUGGAUGCCUUUCUUGCAAAGAUAACAACUGCAGCCAGGUUCGAAGCUGCUGUACAGCAAUGUAGGUCCAUUGACUUCAAAGGAGCUAGCUUGAUUUACAUCAGCUGAGGCUCUGGCCCAAUAUAUUAAAAACACAAGUGACUUAUGAUAAUAACGUGUUAGGAGCCUGAUCUUGCUCCUCCCAUUGGAGUCAAUGGAAUUUUGACUUUAUUGGGGCCAGUAGCAUGUCCCAAUUUAAAAAAAAUCUUAUUUAUCUAUUACUUUUUGUGUGUGUGUGUGUAUGUGCGUGUGUGUGCGUGCUUCACUCCGUUGGGCCAGUGAAUUUUGGCCUAGCUCCUCAAAGGCACCUAAGGCCCUUCCACGUACCUUUGAGGACCUGGGCCUUUGUGUUUCUAGUCAAUUUCUCUUUCCAGCUUUUGAGCCUAUGCCAAGCUAGUUUGGUUGUCA